CACGCCGCAGAGGCAGUUACCAGUUGUUACUUUCUCACUCUCGCAGAAGCUCGAUCAGCGCGCAUGGCGACCACAGUGAUGAGUUCAGUGACGCUGAAACCGUCUCCGUUCACUGUGCAGAGGUCAUCCGCCAGAGGCCUGCCGUCGCUUGCCAGAACCGGUCGCCUUAGAGUGGAAGCUAGUAAGGUGAAGAAGAUCAAAACCGACACACCGUACGGAAUUAAUGGCGGAAUGAGUUUACCUUCCAAUUUGGACGCGUCCGGCCGGAAGGGGAGGGGGAAAGGUGUUUACCAAUUUGUCGACAAAUAUGGCGCCAACGUCGAUGGAUACAGCCCAAUCUAUGAUGAGAAGGAGUGGUCGCCAAGCGGUGAAGUCUACGUCGGCGGCACUACCGGGUUGGCUAUCUGGGCGGUGACGCUUGCGGGUAUACUUGCGGGAGGAGCGCUUCUGGUGUACAACACAAGUGCUUUGGCACAGUAAGGUUAGUUAAUCUGUGUAUGUGUGUGCUGGGAUCUAUGGACAUUUCAAAGCACUUUACUGUACUUCAGAGCCCAUGCACAUGUAUAUAUAUAAAAAGAACAUAUGUAUGGAAUAUUUUGAACAUGAAAUAUUACUAAUUUGUUGGAUUA